AUGUCUAACAACAUAUUUGAUACAGACUUCAGUUUAUCAAGGAAGUUCAAAAUUCGAGUGAAAGGAAAUGGUUAGGUGUCUCAUACAAUCAAUUCAUCAAAAAAGAAUCUUAAAUAAUCCACUUCAUUUUCUGUUCCAAUACUCCAAGAAAUAAUUGAAGGCGAAAAAAAACCAUAAACAAAAUUAAAUUAUUCAUUUCAAGGAAAAGAGGAAAGCACUACCUCUACAUUUUAUUAUAAUUUCAGCAAAACCUUAGAUUUCGAACUUAAUUUUAGUAAUUAUGGAGACAAAUUAAGAUUUUACAUUCACAAAUCAUUUAAAAUAUAGGAUAAUGAAUUCUCUUUAUGUAAACCUAAAUACUAAAUAAUUCAUAGCCUAAAGAAUAGAUAAUCAGAGUCUCCAUUUUCAAUAAAAACUUUCAAGGAAAAUUGA